AUGGAUGAAUCGUUGCGAGACAGGACUCCGCCCAAGCGGAAGGCGAAGGAUGAACUCGUGGAAACGCACUUGUCACACAUCAAGAAGCAGGGCUCCAACCAGAACGCGCCUCGGCCAGUGAAGCAGCCCGUGCUAUCUGAAGCGUACCCAGCUAGUAUCCGAUCAAUCCGCGACCUUGAGAUAAUUCCACUAAGCGAGCUUCGGGUUGAGGCGCAUCAUCGUGGUCAAGGAAUCAUCGUGCGAACUAUUACAGCACCGUAUCAUGGAGCCGCCGCAGUGUCAGUUGUGCUAGAUGAGAACGGGAACGCGGACAAGCUCGCGUUAUACAACCAUAGUGAUGCGUCAAUUCUCUCCAACGUGCCUGAGGGCUGUAUUCUUGCCGUCAAAGAGCCAUACUACAAGUAUAACGGUGCAAAACAUGAUUACAUGAUAUGCGUCGACCACCCAUCAGAUGUUGUACUCCUUCGGUUCAAUGAUUCAAUAAUUCCUGCAGCUUUGCGCAUGGGAGUUGAUGAGGUCAUGAACAAAACGUCAAUCGAGUGGAGAAGUGCGGGUGACCGGGCGUUCCUUGAACGCGAUCUGCCUACUGCGGUCUUUUGUUACACUGAGGCUUUGGAAGCUAGUAACUCUGAAGAUAUAGCGUCUAGGGCCGGUCUAUAUUCUAAACGCGCUGGAACCAACCUCGUACUUGGCAAAUAUGACGCUGCGAGGGAUGACGCAUUGGCAUCUAAACGGGGAGAAGCCACGGACUGGAAGGCAUACUUCACCGCGGGCAGAGCGGCGUAUGGGUUAUGUGACUACAGGGCGAGCCGCGAGUACUACGAGGCCGCGCUUGAACUGAAUGCCAAGGGUCCUGGUCUGCAACGAGAAUACGAUCGCUGUCUUGCACGGCUUCGUGAAGAGGCUGAGGGCGUCUUUGACUUCAACAAGAUGGUCGAGACAGUCAGUGUGCAAAACGUUCACCUCGACAACGCCACUUAUGUGGCACCAACCUUCGUUGCCGACUCGCCCACACACGGUCGUGGUGUAUUUGCAAAACGGGAUAUAAAGGCAGGAGAACUUAUCUUUUGCGAGAAGGCAAUUCUCAUGCCGAAUCAAUACCAGCCAAAUCAAGCGUCCGCAGCGCUUUACGCAAUGGUCAUCCGCCAGCUGUACGACAACCCUUCAAUUGCACCAUCUGUCCUCAGAUUACACGGUGGUGAUUACGAACGGUCUGGAGCAGAAGGAUCUAUAGUCGACGGGGUUCCCGUUGUUGAUGUGUUCUUGCUCGAGUCGAUUCGGCUAAAGAAUUGCUUCAGCAGCCCCUUGUCUACGCUCGAAGACACGAAGCCUAACACUGAGGCUAUGCGCAUGGCCAAGGGUAUCUGGACAUAUGCGAGCUACAUGAACCACUCAUGUGUGCCAAAUUCAAUGCGCUCUUUCAUCGGAGACAUGCUUAUCUCUCGCGCAACCCGCGAUAUCUCUGCUGGGGAAGAGAUAUUCCAGCACUACGUACCAGUAAAGGCUCAUCCGGCACUUCGACAAGCUCAGUUUCGCGAGGGUUGGGGUUUCGAGUGCACUUGCUCACUCUGCCUUGGGGAAGCGAAGUCCAUGCCGGAAAAUAUUGAGAAACGGAGACAACUGCUUAGGGACAUCGAGAAAAUUGCGAACAAAAAGCAACCGAAGACCAUCGUGCCAGACGCAACUAUCCGCUCGAUAGAUCGGUUGGCAAAACAGCUUGAGGAAGCCCAUGAGUCCGAUGUCUACGACGGCCUACCUCGCCUGAUGCUCAUAUUCCCUACUAUGUAUCUGUUGGAAACAUAUAAGUGGAGGAAGAAUCACGCAAAGGUUGUUGCGACUGCGAUGAAACUACUAAGGAACUUUGGCUUCGUAGUUAGGGGUGACGACCCCCGAACUAUUUUUGAAAAUGUUGACUAUCCGUUCUUGAUGACAAUCCACGUCGUUACGGCGAUGAAGUUCGCAGCAGAUGCAUACAAAGCCAUGGGUCAACCAGAGCUAGCAGUUCGGUGUGCGGAGGCUGCGACGUUUGGAUAUUCCCUAAUUACGGGCUUUGAGAAUGACGCAAGUAAGCUGGAAAUUGAAUGA